AUGGACGAGAUGAAGGUGAAGACUUUCCUUGAAUGCACCAUGUCCAAGGCCCCUGCAGGGACCCUGGAGCUGUGGGAAAGCACCAAGGCGAUGUUCAACGGCAGACCACCCGAGCAGGCGGUCACGGCCCUCUGCAAGACAUCUCCCACUGCGGGCGCCAGUCUGCUUGCGGAAUUUAUAAAUCAGCAAACCAAAGCUGACAAGCCUAAAUUCAAAAAGGCAAUAAAGGACUGCACUACCUGA